AUGCAGUUCUUUGGCCGACUGGUGAAUACCAUCAACAGCGUCACCCAAAUAUUCACAAACCCUUACCGGGUGAAGGAGGUGCCGGCUGCAGAGUACGCCGCGCACACCUGCCUGAGGGAGGAAGGCAGGGUGGCCCUCUAUAAGAACAGACUCGCUCGCUCAUGGGAUUGCCUGUUGGUGAAUCCUCAGAGCCCACAGGUCGCUUUCCGGCUCUUCCAGCUCGACAAUGAAACAGAUGCCCUGGUGCAUUUUGAGCAGUACGCCAGGCAGCUGCGCCCUUUCUACGAGAGCUCGCGCCAGCCCUUGUCUCUGGAGGAUCUCCAGCAGCUCAGCGACUGCUUGCGCAACCACCCCAGCUGGUCCUCGGCACACGUUGCGGUGGAAAUUGGCCAUCGUGAGAGCUUCAGGCACAACCAAGUUCUGAGCUGUGUGAACAGCACGGACAGUGAGGAUGGCUGCACCCCGCUGCACCUGGCGUGCCGCAAGGGAGACAUGGAGUGCCUGCUGGAGCUGCUGGAAUGCCAUGCGCGGAUGGACAUUACCGACAGGAAUGGGGAGACGGUUUUCCACUAUGCUGUGCGAGGGAACAGCCCCCAGAUCAUUGAGCUCCUGGGCAGCAUCCCAACUGCUGGCUUGGACCACCUGAGCUGUGAAGGGCUGACUGCUCUGCAUCUGGCUUGUCAGCUGGGUAAAGAGGACAUGGUUCGGUCUCUGCUGAAAUGCCAUGCCAGCUGCAGCAUCAUGGGGAAGCUGGGCUACCCCAUCCACAUAGCACUGAAGUUCUCGCAGAAGGGGUGUGCCCAGGCCAUCCUUGAAGUGGAUGCCAGCCAGGUUCGCUCCAAGGACCCGCGCUAUGAAGCCACUCCGCUGCACUGGGCAAAGAAGGCAGAGAUGGCACAGCUGCUGCUCGAGUACGGUUCUGAGGUGAAUUUGACCAGCCGGACGGCUGACAUGGCUCUGCACAUCGCGGUCAAGAGGGGACGCUUUGACUGCGCCAUGCUACUGCUGACACACGGGGCCCACACCAACGCCAGGGGUCAGGAUGGCAACACACCACUGCACCUGGCCAUGAAGCAUGACCACCUGGAUAUGAUCAAAGCUAUCGUUGUGUUUGGAGGAGAUGUUGAGAUCCCCAAUGAUUUCGGGGAGACACCAGGGCUGUUGGCAGCCAGGAGCAGCAAAGGUGCGAACCGGAAAGUGCUCUUAGACCUGCUGCAAACUGUAGGGACCGAACGCUGCCACCCACCCAAUCCUGACUCCCCAAGCCUGGCACCAUCUGCCGCCUCCUUCCUGGAAGGCCAACCUUCCUCGCGGAGCAGCUUCAACAGCUUAGGGUACAAGGACCUUCUGUAUAUUUCCACAACGCUUGGGCAAUUGUUGAAGGCACCAGAUGUUGUGGACUCGCCCAGUGAGGGUAGAAGAAAUCAUGACCGCCUCCUGUGCCUGGAUGGAGGGGGCAUCCGGGGCCUGGUGCUCAUCCAACUCCUCCUGGCUAUCGAAAAGGCUGCGGGCCGUCCUGUUCGUGAGAUUUUUGACUGGAUCGCGGGGACCAGCACUGGGGGGAUCUUGGCCUUGGCUAUUGUACAUGGGAAGUCCAUGGACUACAUGCGCUGCCUGUACUUCCGCAUGAAGGACAUGGUGUUCCGGGGGUCUCGGCCCUACGAGUCAGAGCCCCUGGAUGAGUUCUUGAAGAAGGAAUUUGGGGAAAACACCAAAAUGACAGAUGUCCAAAAACCCAAGGUUAUUGUGACAGGGACAUUGUGCGACCGGCAGCCAGCUGAGCUCCACCUUUUCCGUAAUUACCCCGUACCAGAGACAAAAACCUCCACUGAAUACAAGACAAGCGCAUCUUUCAAACCACUCACUCGGCCAGAAGACCAACUCGUAUGGCGUGCUGCCCGCUGUAGCGGUGCGGCUCCCACUUAUUUCCGGCCGAUAGGCCGCUUUCUGGAUGGUGGGCUGCUAGCCAACAACCCGACCCUCGAUGCAAUGACGGAGAUCCACGAGUACAACAAGACGCUGAUCAAGAAGGGUCAGAAGCAGAAAGUAAGAAAAUUGGGGUUGGUGGUCUCCCUGGGGACAGGGAAGCCUCCGCAGGUACCAGUGAGCUCUGUGGAUGUUUUCCGCCCCUCCAACCCUUGGGAGCUGGCGAAGACCGUCUUUGGGGCCAGGGAGCUUGGCAAGAUGGUGGUGGAUUGUUGCACUGACGCAGAUGGCCCAGCUGUGGAUCGUGCCAGGGCCUGGUGCGAGAUGACGGAUGUCCCAUAUUUCCGGCUCAGCCCUCAGCUGCACACGGAGGUGAUGUUGGAUGAGGUGAAUGACACCGUGCUGGUGAAUGCUCUCUGGGACACCCAGCUUUACAUCUACCAGCAGCGGGAGCAGUUUGAGCAGCUGGUGCGACAUCUCUGCCGAUGACUGACCUGGAUGUUCCUGUUCAGCAUCCCCAUGGCAAGGAAGAGCAGACACUGAAAUGGCUCGGAUUUGCUCUUGAACCAAGAUAAUUGAGGUGGGGGAGGGACUACUACUAAUGAUGAAUUAAUGAUAUUUAAUAGAAAGCAGCGCACGUACAUGUGU